CUGUCUACCUUUGCUGGAGCGGACCACACCAAAGAGACCCAGCUUACAGCUAUCGAUGCCAUGCAAGAAGUGAUAAGACUCUCACACACCCAGCAUACAGGCUGACAGUAAGACUCACUGAGUGAGAAAGGCACUGUCAAUUUCCAAAACUAAUGAAGUCACUUUGCUUGAAGCAAUUUCGAAGGUUCAAGAAAUGCUGACACCAAACCUACAUGCACUUAAAGAACACCCAACCGACACCACUCAUGUGCCUGUGAACAAUCUGGUCGUAUAUCGCAUGAUGGGAUAACGUGCACACAUGAGGGUACACAAUCACGAAACAGGGUCAAUAUUCAAGGAUUAGCCAGGAUUACGUAAUGAACCCACGUUGUUUAGCAUGCGGUGUGGGAAAUGUUAAGAGAGGUCAAAAAGGAGACAUUCGGAAUGAAUGAAUAUCAACUGACAUUGGCGGGCUUAUUGGUCUGUGCGUGAACAUCUGAAGGUAGAAUAGAGAGCUCAAGAUAUGGGAAGAUUGUCUAUAUUCGAAGGAAGCUCCUCCAAGUCGUCCCUGCCAGAGGGUGAGAGGAACAUCCUCGGCAUCGAUAUCCUCUUCCGGGAGAUCAACCUCUCGAUCAAGGGACGACCAAUCCUGCAAGAUGUAUUCGGGGCAGCCGCUCAGGGGGACAUGCUGGCAGUUAUGGGGCCCAGCGGUUCCGGCAAGACUUCUCUCCUGAAUGGUAUCUCUGGCAGACUACCUCUCGACUCUGGUGAGAUCUUCGCCAAUGGUGUCAAGUUCACCAAACCGAUGAGGCGACAGAGUUGUUACGUCUUACAGCAAGAUAUUUUCUUCAGUAUGCUCACUCUGAAGGAAACGCUCACAUGCACCGCUCUGUUGAGACUACCUGACAAGAUGUCGUGGAAAGAGAAGAAAGCACGGAUCAAUGAGAUCAUAGAUGCGCUGGAUCUUAGAAAAUGCGAGAACACUAUUAUUGGUGAUUUCUCGAAACGAGGUCUCUCGGGAGGUGAGAAGAAGAGGGCGAACAUUGCUUGCGAACUCCUCACCAAUCCAGCGCUUAUGCUCAUGGAUGAGCCAACGUCAGGUCUCGACUCGAGCACGGCUCACAGUCUUAUGAUGACAAUGAAAAAAUACACUAAAAACUACAACAAGACAGUCAUCACAACCAUCCAUCAACCGUCCAGUCAGAUCUUCUACGCAUUCGAUAAGGUGCUGUUACUUAGUGGUGGAAAGGUCGCAUACUACGGAAAGGGGGCGGAGAUCGCCAGGUACUUCGAGAAUAUUGGUCUGCCUUGUACGCCCAAUUAUAACCCAGCUGAUUUCAUAUUGGAUUUAGUAAAGUCCCCAGAUGAAUCCGUCCAAGAAACUGUCACUACAGCAGGUCGAGCACUCACGAAAACAGAAUUCUGGGCGAAGGAACUCCAGCAAUUGGGCCAUGGCGCUAAAGGCUGGGGCGAAUAUCGGGCCAGCAUGGCGGUCAUCUUGGAAACAACAGACAGCAACGGACACGCAAAUGAAGGAUUUGUCAUGGAAGAAAAUGACGCCAAAACAGUUAACGUGAACCUAGAAGGAAACGGAGGUGUGCCAAAUGGAAAAGUUGACCCGAAUUCUGUCGAAGUGCAGAUUGCAGGACAGGAAAUGAUUUCUAAUAUUGACAAAUAUUAUGACGCUCGGGUCAAAUUCCAGUCUUCCUUCUUGACUCAGUUUAGGGUUCUUUUCAUGCGCAACUUCAAGCAGGCCCGGCACAGGGUUCUGGCGCCAAUUUCUCUAGUGCAAAGUUUGUUGAUCAGUCUGGUGGUGGGGCUGUUGUGGUUCCAGUUGGAUAGGACCGAGGAGGCGAUUAGAGACAGAGAGGGCGUGCUAUUUUUCUCAUCGGUAUACUGGAGUUUCGUCCCAUUGUUUGAUAACCUUGCCUCAUAUCCUACGGAGCGCGUGAUAAUCAACAAAGAGCGUGCCGCCGGUUCCUAUAGACUCUCCGCGUUCUUUCUCUCGAAGUGGCUGAGUGAACUGAUUCUCCUGCUGAUACAGCCCCUUGGUUUCUUGAUCAUCGUGUACUGGACGAUCGGCCUGAAGGGGGUGGAUGGAUUCUUUUCCAUGUAUGGGGUCAUGUCGUUGGGAGUAAUGUUAUGCAUGAGUAUCGGGUUGAUGAUCGCUGUAGCCGCCAAUGACAUGAAUACGGGGAUAACCACUGGUGCUGUAUUCAUGUUAGCCACCAUGUUGUCGGGUGGUUUCUACACCCAGCGCAUUCCAUUCUGGCUCGACUGGAUCAAGUACUGUUCCAUUGUCACCUACAUUUUCAACAGCUACACAGAAUUCGAGUACAGUAACGCUCCUCCCAUAACCUGUGCCACCAACACAACCUCAAUAUUCGCCGAGUGCCGGGAGUUGAACGUGACGUCAGUUCCAUCCGAAGCCUACCUGGCCAUGAGGAAAGCUACCUUCCCUGUCUGGGCCAAUUGUCUAUGUCUGGUGGGCUACACAAUUUUCUUUAGGCUUAUCACGUAUCUGUUAUUCAGAUUUGUCAGAUGUCCCUCGAAAAACUAGGAAAUUCACCAAGUACGUUUGCAUCAUUCGGUGAUUCAAAUACAAGUUACAGCUGUCAUAGGCCACACUGACUACCGAAUCUUAACUAAUAUGAAAGGAGACAGUAAGAUUCGAAUACAUGUAGUUUUACCACUGUCGUUUCAGAUGUCAGUCUUUAGCAACCUCGACACGUAAUUUCUGUAACAAUCUUUAGUGCUGACUUGCACUGAAGGAACAUAUUUUGUUGACCUAUUGAGUUACGCUCAUAAACAUUGACCUAGUAAAAAGUACUCCUGAGGCAGACCAUUAUCCAUGCUAAUCGUUAUUUACACCACUGUGGAUCUGGAACUUUCUGGUCAUCUGGCAGCCAUUACAAAAUCUUUUCUUGCCAUUUCGAUGCCAAUAACCGGUAGUAGCUGGAGUGAUGAAGUUUUGGUGGGGUAUCUAUAAAGGCUACAUCACAUGUCACCCGGGUUUUUGAUUUAACCUACUUUUUAAGGUUACAGAGGUCAAAAUCCAAAAUGUCCCUAUAGGUGGCGCGUAGUACAGACACUUCAAAUUAGAUUUUUGAAACAUAUUGGGCAUGUACAUGUUGACAAAGCAGGUGAGCACAUGGUCCCUGGACGUUCUUUCGCAGCACACCGAGCGUCCAGAAGGGCUAUCAUCACCUUGGGACGAAAACAUUGCACGAUGUCUCAGUCUAAAAUAUAAAUGAAAAUGUUUGAAUUUCUUGUUGUAUAUGCAUGUAUAUUGAAUACAAUAUGUACAAAAUGGAUAAAUAA